UAUGUUUUUUCUGCUUACUUUCUCUCGACAAUCUAAAAACCUCACCUUGUGUUCAAUCCUCCAUCUUCCGUGUCUUUUUCUUUCUUCUUGUCAUGGAAACUUGAGAGGACAGGCUUAACAAGCAGAGAAAGAUAUCAUCUUUGGUUCCAUUCUUUCUUUCCAAGAUAAUGGGAUUAGCAUUUUCAUGCCCUGGCUGUGAAACGAAUCAAUUGGAUGAGAGCUUCGAUGCGCUAUUGGGAUCCAUUCGUUUCAGUGGAGACUAUGCAAAAUCAAGUCUUUGUUCCGGAAAUCACAACUGCUAUGAUGCAGAGCCCAAUCUGUUGAAAGCUUUUGGCUCUGGAAAAUUUAUCGUUGAGGGACCUUUGAAUUUGAAAAGAAAGGAAACCGAUCCGUUCCACAUGGAAAAAAAGAGCUCCUAUGCCGAAUCCGAAAUCUUCACCAAGUCAAACUCAGCCAAGCGCACGAGGUUCAGCGAAGAAGCAACGGAGACGCCCCGAGCCGACGAGCCCGGUAGCCCGAAACAUGAUGCUGCUGUAAAGUUGCAGAAGGUUUACAAAAGUUUCAGAACAAGAAGACAACUUGCUGAUUGUGCUGUUUUGGUUGAGCAGAAAUGGUGGAAGUUGUUGGAUUUCGCAUUGCUUAAGAGAAGCUCUGUGUCCUUUUUUGAUAUUGAUAAGCCGGAGUCAGCGGUCUCCAAGUGGUCAAGAGCAAGAACCAGGGCUGCUAAGGUUGGUAAAGGUUUAUCUAAGAAUGCAAAAGCCCAAAAGCUCGCUUUGCAGCACUGGCUGGAGGCGAUUGAUCCGCGGCAUCGAUAUGGUCAUAAUCUCCACUUCUAUUAUGAUUGCUGGCUUCGUUGUGAAAGCAAGCAGCCCUUCUUCUACUGGCUUGAUGUGGGAGAGGGGAAGGAGGUAAAUUUAGAAUCUUGUCACAGAUUAAAGCUUCAACAGCAGUGUAUCAAGUAUCUUGGCCCGAAAGAAAGGGAGGCUUAUGAGGUUAUUGUUGAAGAAGGUAGACUACUUUAUAAGAAAAGUGGGGAGAUACUUGACACAACUGGAGGUCCAAAAGAUUCAAAAUGGAUAUUUGUGCUGAGCACAUCAAAGAAUUUAUAUGUUGGCUUGAAAAAGAAAGGUCGGUUUCAGCACUCCAGUUUUCUUGCUGGAGGAGCAACAUCUGCUGCUGGAAGGCUAGUUGUAAAAAAUGGAGUUUUGAAGGCUGUUUGGCCACAUAGUGGGCAUUACCGCCCGACCGAAGAAAACUUUGAGGAGUUCAUUAGCUUUCUGGAGGAAAACAAUAUCUCUCUCUCUGAUGUUAAGAAAGCCCCAGAUGAAGGUGAUGAUGAAUGGGGAAGCAUACUCCGAACUUCCAACUCCUCAUCAGACCUGACUAAUUCUAAUGUCUACACUGAAUCCCAGCUCGAAUCCGAAUUCCCAAACUCCUUCGAAGAAUUAGAUACCGAAGCUGCAGCUAAAGAUUCAAGCUCUACCAAUGAGAGAAACCGAGUCGAAUUGGAUAUCAAAAUCUGCAGUUUUGAUAAAAAGACUAAUUUUACGGAUGACCAAACAAGUGAUGGAGAAGAAGAAAAGGGAUCAGACAGCAGCUCCACAUCAAAUCAGAGCUAUGAUACACCAGAACAAUCUGGAGACGAGUCUGCGGAGAGCUCAUCUCCCUCAAAAAGAAAGCUAAUAUUCCACAAACCAAGUAUUUUCAUAGAGGAUAAAGAAGAAUAUGGUGAUGAUGAACCAAUGCCUGAAGAGCUCAUCAUUGAAAGGAUUAGCUCCAAUAAAGUUUGCCAAUUGGGAACAAAAUUGCCUUUCAAGUGGACCACCGGCGCCGGAGCUCGCAUCGGUUAUGUGAGGAACUAUCCCUCUGAGCUGCAAUUCAGCGCGCUCGAACAAGUCAGUCUCUCUCCCAGAGGGUCUGGUAUUUCAAGGCCGUUUUCUCCCAUGCGCAUUUAAGGAGAAAAUAUUGAGAGAUAGUUACAUAUUCUUAUAGAUUGAAACCAAAUUCUUAGGCAAGUUAGAAUAUUUGUUGUGAUUCAGAUUCAGUUCAUUCCUCAAAGAGGAAAAAUAAGAUUUAUUGCAUUUGUAACAAUUUUUUUCUGUUAGUAAAUAUUUAGA